AUGACACCUUUAAAGGACGGCGAAGCGUUCAACGAAAUGGGCUGGAUGGUGGGAAACGCUCGAGGAUACCGUAUUCUCGAGCAGCCUUACGAUUCAACGCGCAAGUUCCGUGUCAUCCAUAUCGGCGCCGGCGCGUCCGGCAUUACGUUCUCCAAGUUCCUUGAGGAUCGUUGUCCUGGGGUUGAGCUGCAGAUUUAUGAGAAGAAUAAGGAUAUUGGGGGCACUUGGCUGGAGAAUCGAUAUCCCGGUUGCGCGUGCGACAUCCCUUCAGCAGCAUACCAAUUCACCUGGGAGCGAAAUCCAUACUGGUCGCAAUACUACUCCGAGGCGCCUGAGAUCUGGCAGUACUUCAAGCAGGUCGUCGAUAAGUACGGCUUGAUUAAGUACGUUAAGCUCGAGCACACUGUGAUAGGCGCAUAUUGGCAGCCUCAAGAUGGAGAGUGGGAAGUUCAUGUACGACGACCGGACGGCUCGGCAUUCGUGGAUCGAUGUAAUGUGCUUGUGAACGGCGGAGGAAUUCUCAAUAAUUGGAAGUGGCCAGACAUCAAGGGCCUACACGCCUUCCAAGGCCCUCUUGUGCACAGUGCCAAUUACGAUACGUCGCUAGAUCUGAAAGGCAAGCGAGUGGCUGUGAUCGGCAUCGGCAGCAGUGGAAUUCAGAUUAUUUCCAAAAUCGCAUCGCAGGUGGGUCAGCUGUAUAGCUGGGUAAGGACACCGACCUGGAUUACGGCUGGGUUCGCCCAGAGGUUUGCAGGCCCGGACGGCGCAAACUUCUACUAUACUCCUGAACAGCAGAAAGCAUUUGCCGAGAAUCCCGAACUGUUCCUGAAAUAUUCCAAGAUGAUUGAAUCAGAACUCAAUAUCCGCUUCAAGCUUAUCUUGAAUGGAACCCCAGAAGCAGAGGCUGCCAAAGAGUUUGCAAGGGAGGAGAUGACGAAGAAGCUCGGUCCGACCAAUCCAGCUUUACUCGACGCAAUUAUUCCUAAGAACUUUGGGGUGGGUUGUAGAAGACCGACGCCGGGAAAUGGCUUCCUUGAGGCGCUUAUUCAAGAUAAUGUUAAGGUGUUUACUUCGCCUAUGCAGGAAAUCAACGCAACUGGAUUUGUGGAUAGCAAGGGAAAGCAGUAUGAUGUGGAUAUAAUAAUAUGCGCGACGGGAUUCAAUACCAGCUGGAUCCCCAGGUUUCCAGUCGAAGCAAACGGCCACUCCAUUUCCGAGAUGUGGGCCACAGAGGCCGUCUCUUAUUUGUCGAUCGGGGUGCCGAACAUACCGAAUUACUGGACGAUGAGCGGGCCAUAUGGACCAAACGGCCACGGAUCUUUCCUGCCUGUUAUCGAGACCCUCACUGGCAAUAUUAUUCAAUGCAUACAGAAGAUGCAGAAGGAUCGAAUCAAGAGUCUAAUGCCAAAGCCGCAGAUUGCAGAGCAGCUCCGAGAGCAUGCACAGUUGUUCCUCAAGCGAACAGCAUGGACUGGGCCAUGUAGUUCGUGGUUCAAACAGGGCAAGAUCGACGGACCAGUGCCUAUGUUCCCAGCCUCGAGAUUAGUAUAUAUGGAUUUGAUGGCUAAUCCGCGUUUCGAAGACUAUCAAAUUGAAUACAUGAAUUCUCUCAAUAUGUUUGAAUUUCUGGGCAACGGAUUCGCGGCGCGAGAGUUUGACGGUCGAGAUCUGUCGUAUUACCUUGGUUUGCUGGGUGAUGAUCGUCAAAUUGACCUGGAAGGGGAUAUCCACGAGGAUUUGGAGAAGUUGCAUCUGAUACAGCCAUAG